AAUCCCCAAAAUUCUCAAUUGGCUAUGCUCUCAGCUGUAAAUUAGGGUUCGUCAUCGUCCCCCCCGCCACCCCCUUUCCAGGCUUCCAUAGCCAAAAUCCGCAUCCUCGGAGGCAGCUUUCUCAUCACCCUCGGGGAAACGGACUCCCGAUUCGCGACGAUUCUUCUGAAGUCCAGGCCGAGCCGAGCUGUUCGCAGCCAUGGUCAAUACCGGCAACAAUGCUGUCGGGGUCGACAACACUUUCCGGAGGAAGUUCGAUCGCGAAGAGUAUUUGGAACGAGCUCGGGAACGUGAAAAGCAGGAGACAGAGCCGCGGCACAAAUCAAAAUCGAAAGCUCCACCUGUGCAAAGGAAGCCAUUGAAGCACAGGGAUUAUGAAGUGGACCUUGAAUCUCGCUUAGGAAAGACUCAGGUGGUCACUCCAAUAGCACCUCUAAGCCAGCAGGCUGGGUACUACUGUUCAGUAUGUGAAUGUGUGGUGAAGGAUUCAGCAAAUUACUUGGAUCAUAUAAAUGGAAAGAAACAUCAAAGGGCCUUGGGUAUGUCUAUGCGGGUAGAACGAGCAUCUCUUGAACAGGUACAAGGGCGUUUUGAACAACUUAAGAAGAGAAAGCCUCCUGGUACCUUUACAGAGCAAGAUCUCGACGACCGAAUAUUAAAACAACAGGAGGAAGAGGAGGAACGAAAACGCCAAAGAAGAGAAAAGAAGAAAGAGAAGAAGAAGGAGAAGGCGCUAGAAGAGGAACCCGAAAUGGAUCCAGAGGUUGCAGCUAUGAUGGGAUUUGGGGGUUUUGGCUCAUCCAAGAAGUAAUCACUCACCAUCAUACCUUCCUAUCAUUGGUGAUAUUCCCAAUGUCAUUGUGAACUUCAAGAUGGAAAUGUCGUCUUGAUCCACAGCGGUCCUUCACGAAGAUGAUUUUCAAGGUCAUCUCGAAUUUGUAGCUGAUGUAUGUGGUGUCUUUUCAUCUUUAUUUUAGGUUAAAUGGAAGCUAACUUCAUUUAGAUUGGUAUUCUGUUAUCAAGCUGUAUCUGUAGGUAUUCUCUGGCUUAAACUCCAGCUGGAACUUGAAAGAGAGAGUCUUAUGGCUUCCAGUUACAUU